UCAUCAACAAGGCGUUUCAGUCUGCAGAACUGCUGCUCACUGAAUUUGUUUUAGUUUUUUGCACCAUUCUUUGCAAACUCUACAGACUAGUGUGAGAGACCGAUCAAUAAUAAAGGCAUUGGCCAAGCUAUAGGCUUGGCAAAAUAAACAUCUGGAACAUCAAUAAGUAGACAUUUUGUCCUUCGGUUUGCUGUUUGGCGAUAGCAGUCAAACCGAAGCAGCAAGGGGCAUUCAGCACAGACGUUUUCAUCGUUUAAACCUCGGAGUAGGUAUGUCGACCUGAAACAAGAGCCUCUCAGCUGACAUUCACCCUGCAGCUCUGGUUAUGGCAGUGCGUUUGGCUGUGGGCUCAGUGGAGAGGGGGGCCCGCUGGCUGCUGCCGCUCAUGAACGGAGCCCUCACAGGGGGGAGAAUGGCUGGAACCGCAGCCCCUGUCUCUAUCUCUGCCAGCCAGAUCAAACUGAAAACUGAAGAGGACCUUGCAGAAGUAAAACCCCUGCAGAUGUUGUACAGGAUGGUAUUUAAAGGGUACCUGAACAAAAUGCAUGAGCUACAGGUGUAUGAGAAGCAGCUUUAUGGCCCUAUUUACAAGAUCCGCGUGGGAAACUACAGAUCCAUCGUUCUGAGCAGUGCGGAGCUCUUGGAGGAGUUGCUCAGAAAAGAUGAAAAAUUUCCUUGUCGGGGUGACAUGUCGAUCUGGACGGAGUACCGUGACAUGAAGGGAAUUGGCUAUGGACCAUUUACAGAAGAGGGGGAGAGGUGGUACCAGCUACGGGCCAUUCUGAACAAACGUAUGCUGCACCCGAAAGAUUCAGUGCAGUAUGGUGAUGUGAUCAAUGAGGUCAUCACAGACUUCAUCAAAAGAAUAUACCACCUGCGCCAGAUCAGUGCUUCAGGUGACAUGGUGACUGAUCUCUCCAACGAGCUCUACCGCUUCUCCCUAGAGGGAAUCUCCUCCAUUCUGUUUGAAACACGCAUUGGAUGCCUGGAGAAGAAGAUCCCUGAAGCAACUCAAGACUUCAUCAAUUCCAUUGGUCAAAUGUUCACCUACAGCAUGCCAGUGGUCAUGCUGCCCAAGUGGACUCGCAACCACCUGCCUGUGUGGGGCUGGUACAUGGCUGGCUGGGAGGGCAUCUUCAAAUUUGCCAGGAACUUGAUUGACAUGAAGAUGGAGACCAUUCAGCACCGUGUAGCCCAGGGCCAGGAGGUGGAAGGAGAGUACCUGACUUACCUAAUCUCCAACAAAAAUCUGAGCAAUAAAGAUAUAUAUGGCAGCAUUGCAGAACUGCUGUUGGCUGGAGUGGACACGACCUCCAACACCUUAAUGUGGACCCUAUACCUGCUGUCCCAGAACCCAGAGGUACAGGACAGGCUGUAUAGGGAGGUGUCCAGCUGUGUUCCGGGGGACAAGCUCAUUACUGCCCAGGAUGUCAAUAACAUGCCAUUCCUUAAGGCCGUGGUUAAAGAGACACUGAGGCUGUAUCCUGUUGUUCCCAUGAAUGCUCGGCACAUGACAGAAAGGGACGUGACCAUCGGAGGAUAUUUUUUCCCGAAGAACACUGCAUUCAGCAUCAGCCACUACGCCAUAAGCCUGGAUGAGAAAUCUUUCUCUGAGGCACAGAAGUUCAAACCAGAACGUUGGCUGCGGGAUGGGCAGCAGCGACCCAAUCCUUUUGCCUCAAUCCCAUUUGGGUUUGGGGUACGGGGUUGCGUCGGCCGCAGGAUUGCCGAGCUGGAAAUGCACCUUGCUCUGUCACGGAUAACCAGUCUGUUUGAAAUCAGACCAGACCCUCACAUGGGGGAAGUCAAAGCUCACAACCGCACAGUCCUGGUUGCAGACAGAAAGGUGAAUCUGCACUUUCUGGAGAGGAAUGGAAUCUCUUCAAACUGACUGCCGGCACAAUGAAGUUUCCAUGCAACAGGUGACAGAUAAAAAGAGAGUUGUACAGAUCUUCCUUUACUCAUGUAAACUCAAAUAUUUUUGUGCAUAUUUUCCAAGGGUACCAAUAAUUAUUGGGCAGAUUGUGCAUAUUCACAUUUCAAAUUCAAUGGUACAUUCCAUUUAUCUUAUCGAAAUAAUUGGCAUAAUGUGCUGGACAAACUAAAUAAUUUUUAUAAAUAAAGUUCUUUCAAACCUGAUAAAACUCAACAUUCAAUCAAAUGUUUGCAUUUAUGUCUUUAUAUUCUGAGGCUAGACCAAGCCUUGCCAUAAAAGUGAUGAGUGAACUUUUUUAAUGAGUUCUCAAAAAAAGGUGUUGUAGGGGCAGUAUGUGUCAUUCCCUGUAUUCCUUGUUCUGGCGUUUGUCUAUUUCCUGGUGUCUUUCGUGUGUCGUGUCCCUCUUAGCUUUCCGUAGUCUGUUUCCUCUGUUCAUUCAUCUCACCUGUGUCUGGUCAUCUGUUUUCAUUCACACACACCUGUUCGUCAUUUCAGUUCAUCACCUGUGUAUUUAAGCCCACCUAUUUCCCAGAUUUGUUUGCCAGAUUGUAAUGUGUGUAAACUAUUCCUUCCAGCAUUUUUCUGAUUGACUGUUUUGUGUCCUGACUUGUUCAGUGUACCUCAACCUCUCUGGAUUACCUUUCUGUCUCUUAUAGGAUUUUCUGUUACCCGACUUUGUAUCAAGUUCUGUACCUUCGCCUAUUCUGAUUGUCUAGCAAUGUUUGAACCUUUGCCUGUGACCAUGACCAUGUUUCAGAUUGUCCCUGCUGUGUCUGGUCGCCCUGUGUUAGGACUUUGGCGAGUGACACUGACUGUGAUUGUGAUUAUGCUUUCUGUAUCCAUCUGCCUACUAUUGGUCCCUGCCUGUCUGACUUAUAUUCAAACUAGGCAGGGCCGUACGCAGACUAAAUAAAAUACUGAGGUCAAUGGUGACACAAUGGUGAAAAAAUGGGCAAUUUUAACAAUUAAAUGCAUUUAUCUGGCAUAUUCUGAAGUGAAAAUGGAAAGAUUUACUGAGAUUAAAAAUAUAUUAUUAAAA